GACUCAAACUAACCUAUGAAUACCCCUUCGCAGCCAUCAAAGAAACAAAUUGGCUUGGCGGGAAAAUCCACCAGUUUCCUACCAUCUCUUCUCAACUGAACAAAAAGGGGUAUUAUGGACAAAUAUUUGGUUCCUUCAGAUCCUUCUCCCAUAAACCCCAAACCCACUAAGAGGUCGCAAUGGAAGAGAAGUCUAUUGGAAUUGCAUGGAAGAUUUGAUCAGAAGUAUCAGCAUGAUGUUUAUGGGUUACUCAUGCAAUCUUAUUCUGAGGUUAUGGCAUUACCUCAUACUUAUCACAUCAAUGGAGUGCCUUGUCCAACACAUGUGAACUGGUUUCUUGGUGGUGUUGAAAAUCCGUUCGGCGGAGAUGGUAUCUCAGCUUUGGAAUUCGAUAAAAAGGGCAUAUAUCUAGCAUCAGUGACUAAAUCAGGUUGCUUAACUGUGCAUGACUACGAGAGUCUCUGUUGUAAUGGUUCAAAAGAAGAUGAAACAAAGCAGUUGCUGCACAUUUCUACUGGUCAACAACUUGAUGUUGUCCGAUGGAAUGUUUCCAACCAAAAUGAGGUUGCUUGCACAGCUAUGAAAAGUUCAGAAGUACGUAUAUUUGACAUUGGUUAUGUGUCUUCAGAACCUGUUGAAGUGUUAAGGAAAAGGCAUACUAUCUCCGUUCAUGGGUAUAAUGCUCAUAAAGGUUUCACUGAUAUAGCAUUUUGUUCCCAUGAUGACUCAAGGUUACUUGCUUCUGAUGUCUCUGGUGUUAUAAAUAUAUGGGAUAGAAGAGUCAGGGGUCUUCCAUGUCUUGAGCUAGCAACCAAUUCUAGUAGUCCUCUUAACAGUGUCAAAUUGAAUGCAGAUAAUCAGGUUAUUUUUGGAGCUAGCAAGCAGGGAACUAUUUACAUGUGGGAUAUUCGUGGUGGAAGAUCGUCUGCAGCUUUCCAGAAUAACAGAGUGGUAAGUUAUGUUCCUAUAACAGCAGUUAAAUUGGCAUCUGAGCUAGAGAGAAUUGAUUCGUUGAAGGCUCAGUCAAAUAUAGUUUCGAACGAAAUACACUCCAUUGAUAUAAAUCCAUCUUGCCAAUAUCAACUAGCAUUUCAUCUUGACGAUGGUUGGUCAGGCGUUUUGGAUGUUCAUAGUUUGAAAGUCACACAUAUUCAUUGUCCUCCUCCACCUUGGUUGGAUGUCCUUGAUUUGGAUAGCGUACAUUGUUUACGGAAACCUUCAUGGCUGCCAGCAUAUUCGAUUUAUGUGGUUGGAUCAUCGUCAAGCAAAGGGCUUUUCCUUUUGGAUUUCUAUCCAGAUCGUAGCUCCCCUAGCCAUGUGGAUUUCAAUGAGGAGAUGCAAGAGCUUUACGGAGUAAAGAGCCAGCAUAAGCAAAAUCAAUUCAUUCCAACAACUGAAGGUGUUACUGCAUGUAUUGCUCAUCCCUCGAGUGGAACCAUUGUGGUUGGAACCAAGCCGUCAUCGCUUCUGGUCUUUUCACAAACAGGCAAGUCAUUUAAAGGUGCACAUGAUUCUGCUUGCUUUGAAGGCAACCUUAGAAGAACCAGCUAAAUCUCGCUCGCAUGCAUGCUGAUACAUAUCUACCAAACUAGAGUUGUUCAGUGGCACAUUCUAACAAGUGCAGCAGGAAGAUAUUGACGGGGCAUGAGCUUUAGACGAUGUGUAAAGUUUUUAUUAGAGGGCAAGGUUUCAGACCACAUAUCAUUUGGAAGUGUACAAAAUAGUGUAUAGAGGCUGGUAAAGAUUGCUCCGGUUGCUUUAUGUGUGAAUCAUGGAAGAGUCUAUUGUCGGAUCAUAUUAUCUGAUCUGAGUAAUGAUUAACUGAAGUUGAUUACAAACCCAGUUAGAUCCUUCAGCAAGUGCAGGAGGUGAAACAAAUCUAACCUUCAACUUUAUGUUUUGUGGUGGCGUAAGUCGUAAGCAGUGUGUGCAACCGUAUCUACACCGACUGACUUAAAAUUCUGGAUCGUCUUUGACAUUUUACUUCGUAGUUUUCAUGGUAUACUUGGUGAUCAUUCCUUUGCACCUUUAGCAUGCAUAUCCCUUCAUUAUUGUGCUUUAGCAACGGUAUUGCUUGCCUGCAAUUUCGGGCAGUUACACCAUCCACAGUAUUGUCCUGCUUAUCAUGUUAAAGUUAUGGAUCCAUCAGUUUGUCCGGGGGUUAUAGGGUUAUAUGUUGUACAAAUAAUCCAUUUUUUCCCAAAUUAUAUUUUUCUAUUUUGGUGUUUGAGUACCACUUUGACCCAAUUUUUCGGUUGAAAUUGGAAGUGAUUAUCUUUUUAAUGAUGAAACUUUAUAGGAUGUAGGAUAGUACGUGGAGGUUCAUUUAUCCUUCUAUUCUUUCUAAGGCCAAUGCAAAGUGAGUUCAGAACACUUACACGAAAAUAACCUAAGAUUAUGCUUGACUGGCUUUGCAUAGGAAUUCUUUUAGGGGUGAGUUGAAUAUGUUUGGUGGUGUGCUUAGGAUAUUGCAUAAGCGCUGCUGGCUUGUCAAUGGGUUUAGUUUUUACUAUGUAACAUUUCAAGUGGUGAUGGCCCAUACACACACAACACAUAUAUUAGAAAAUUUUAUUUACAUAUAAGAGAAAUGUUUGUGAAGCACAAUUGGAUGACACCCUUUAUAUCGUCUUGCAUUUAGGAUUUCUGAUAGAUUUGACAUAUUUAUGCUUUGCUUUUGACUUGACUACAAAGGAAAGAAAAAAGAAAUGUAACACUAAAAUAAAAAAAGCUAUUUUGCCAUGAUAAAAGAAAUGAAUAGUCAAUUAAUUGAUAAUUUGUUAUUUGAAAACUCAAUAGACUGGUUACAGGGUAUUAAACAUAGCAAUUCAUUGCAAGUCAACAUGACAAGAUGAACUCAAGAAGGUGACAACAGUAGAAUUGUUUAUUUCUGCAUGCUUUUAAGUUAUUUGAAGUAUUUUUUGGGAGUGAAAAGAGAAGAAUGAAAAAAAAAAGAAAAGAAAAA